UGCUAUAUUAUCAAAGCCCUGCUGCCCUUUCAGAACUUCUCAAUUGGCUUGAUCCUCCCUAAUUUAUUAUCAAUUUUUUUCUUAAUAUUUUUUACAACUCCAGAUUUGUUGGCGCAGAAAAUGUUUACCUUGUAUCUUAAAGGCGGUUAUCCCAGUAAUUCGAAAAAUAUGCAAGGUGGUCAAGCUACUUUCGGUGGUUAUGACACGCAAAAUUGUGGGCAGAGAUUGGGUUCGGUUAAGUUUAUUGGAGGGGGACGUUAUCAAUUCCAAAUCGACAGCGUUAGUAUUCAAGGAAAAGUAGCCAGCGGAGGAACGCAAGGCAACUCAGGAGAUAUUAUUGGAAAUAGGGCAGUUAUCAAUAAAUUUACACAACAAGUAGGAGCUCGUUGGAGUGAUCAAGAUGGAGCAUACAUUAUACAUUGUAGAGCUACUCCAUCAUUAACAUUAAAAAUUGGCGGGGUUGAUUAUACUUUGACUAAGGAUGUUUUGAUAUAUCGUAUAGCAAAUAAUAAGUGCGGUCUAGCUGUCGGCGGAAUGGAUAAAACUAAAGAUGGUUUUGAUUGGGUUUUGGGCAGUUCAUUUAUGCGAAAAUUUUGUCAUACUUUUGAUAUUGGUAAUAAUCAGUUGACAUUUUCACAAGUUAAAUAA